AUGGCUCAGAUCAGAAAAGUUACGCUGAUUGGUGCCGGAGGAAACAUUGGCCCAUGGAUUCUAAAGGCACUCGAUGACGACCCGGACUUUACCGUGUCCGUCCUUGCGCGACAGAGUUCCAAGUCGACUUUCCCGUUCCACGUUACCGUGCACCGUGUCGACGACUCGUAUCCGGAUGAGGAGGUCCUGAAGGCGUUCCAAGGUCAAGAUGCCGUCGUUUGCUCUGUGAACAUGGGCGGGGUCACGAAACAAAUCGCCUUUAUCGACCUGGCUGUCAAAGCGGGCGUCAAGUGGUUCAUUCCUGCAGAGUUCGGCGGGAACAAGGCCAAAGCGCAGUUCGGGGUCAAGACUCCAUUGUAUGACGCCAAAGAAGCGAUUCAUAAACAUCUGAUUGAGAUGGAAAAGAAAGGGUUGUCCUGGACGGCGAUCACAACGGGUGCCUUCUUGGAUUGGGGUCUUUCAAAUGGCUUCAUUGGAUUUGACAUCGAGGACAAGCGGGCAAAGAUAUAUGAUAGUGGCGAUGAGCAAUGGACCGCGACAACCUUACCUACCAUCGGUCUCGCUGUUGCGCGGGCGUUCAAGAAACCGGAAGAGGUCAAGAAUCGGUUCAUAUACAUAUACUCGACACGGACGAGCCAGAAUGAGAUCCUGAAGGUUUUUGAGGCCGUUACUGAGAAGAAAUGGGAUGUUGAGCAUAUCAAAUUUGACGAUGAGAUCGCCGCAGGACAAGAAUUGCUGAAUCAAGGCAACAGACUUGGGAUUAUUCCUCUGAUCUUGUCCCAUCUUAUUCGCGAGAAUGUUGGAGCAGACUUCACGAAGGAUGUGGAAGCUGAUAACGAUGUCCUUGGCCUGCCGACCCAGAAUAUCGAAGAUAUUGUCAAGGAAGUCUUAGCUUGGCCUGAAGAAAGGAUCGAGGCUGCAAGGCUGGUAUAG